CCUAUAAAAAGAAAAAAAAUAUUUCCAAAGUGUCUUAUAUAACAAGAAGAAUGCUCUCUACAAAACCAGUUUACGAUUACCUUGUGAUUGGUGGUGGUUCUGGUGGUCUUGCCUCUGCUCGUCGUGCAAGUGGUAUCCAUGGUGCCAAAGUUGCUUUGGUUGAAGCACAACAUCGCUUGGGUGGUACUUGUGUCAAUGUAGGUUGUGUGCCAAAGAAAGUGAUGUGGAAUACAGCUUCUGUUGCUGAAGCCCUUCGUGAUGCUCAACACUAUGGAUUUGGUGACCAUAGUCAAUUCAAGUUUGACUGGGAAGCUAUCAAGGAAAAGCGUGAUGCUUAUGUCAAGCGUCUCAAUGGUAUCUAUGAAAGAAAUUUGGGUAACGAUAAAGUGGAGCAUCUUCAGGGUUUUGCUAGUUUUGUCAAUAAAGACACUGUGCGUGUGCAACAAUCCGAGACUGAAUCAUUUGAAGUUCAGGCCAAGAACAUUUUGAUUGCUACAGGUGGUCAUCCUCUGAUCCCUGAUAUUCCCGGUGCUCAUCUCGGUAUUGAUUCAGACGGUUUCUUUGACUUGGAACAUCAACCUAAGCGUGUGGCUGUGAUUGGUACAGGCUACAUUGGUAUCGAAUUAGCUGGUAUCUUUAACACAUUGGGUACCAAAACCACUGUGUUCUCUCGUACCAAACAUAUCCUCCGUAGCUUUGAUAGUAUCAUUCGUGACAACUUAUUAAAGGAAAUGCAGUCUGUCGGUGUUGACUUUGCUUUUGACUCUCAAGUCAAGGCCUUGGUGCGUGAAGGAGAUGCUGGACCUAUCACUGUUCAAUAUGAGUCUGAUGGUAAAUCUGCUUCUUUGGAAGUCGAUACUGUCCUUUGGGCUGUGGGCCGUUUACCCAACAUCAAGAAGCUUAAUUUAGAGGCUGCUGGUAUUCAGUUGACUGAAAAGGGUUACAUUGCUGUAGAUGAAUAUCAAAACACCUCUACUGAACAUGUCUAUGCUUUAGGGGAUGCCUGUGGUCGUGCUGAACUAACACCUGUGGCUAUUGCUGCUGGUCGUAAACUGAGUGAUCGUUUGUUUGGUGGUGAACAAUUCAAGGAAUCCAAGCUUGAUUAUGAAAAUAUUCCUACUGUUGUAUUCUCUCAUCCUACUGCUGGUACUGUUGGUCUUACAGAAGAUGAGGCCCGUGCCAAAUACGGUGAUGAGAACAUCAAGGUCUAUACUUCCAAGUUUAUCAACAUGUACUUCUCUAUGCUUGAACAUAAAGAACCUACCGCUUAUAAACUUGUCUGUGCUGGUGCUGAUGAAAAGGUAGUGGGUGUUCAUAUCUUGGGUAGAGGCAGUGAUGAAAUCCUUCAAGGUUUUGGUGUUGCUGUACGUAUGGGUGCUACCAAGGCUAACUUUGAUGCUUGUGUUGCUAUUCAUCCUACUGCUGCUGAAGAAUUGGUCACUAUGCGAUAGAGAGAGAGAAAUGAUAGAGAAAGAUAAUUUAUUUUACAA